CGGAAAUAGUUGAAGUUAGCUUCAUCGCGGUGUAGCAUUUAGAGGCUGCUCUCCUGUAAUCGCAUUUUGAAAGUGCUUUACUACAGGAAAACACAAAUGACACAUUAUUUUGGAUCCCGGCUCGAUAAGUAGCAGAUUUAUGGCCAAGUGACAGGACACUACUUUAAUGAAACACAUCUUCUACCCAAGUGGAAGUACAAUGCCGGUCCCAGCAAUGGCAGAGUCUCUGGUAGAUCACCACAAACGCUUUCAGGCUGCUGUGGAUGUCAUUCAUAAACUCCCCAAAAAUGGAUCCUACCGGCCAUCGUAUGAGGUGAUGCUGCGCUUUUACAGUUUCUACAAGCAGGCAGUGUGUGGACCCUGUGCAGUGCCCCGACCUGGCUUCUGGGAUCCAGUGGGGCGCUACAAAUGGGAUGCUUGGAGCCAGUUGGGAGACAUGAGCAGUGAAAGCGCCAUGGCAGCAUAUGUGGAGGAGAUGAAGAAAGUAGCACAAGAGGUCAUUGACACCAUGCCCAUAAAUGAGAAGACUGCCUCACUCUUUCACCAUUUUGAGCCUUUGUACGUGGUUAUUGAUGACAUGCCGCGGCCUCCAGAAUCGCUGCUCAGGCUCAGAGAAGAACAGCGUAAGAGUUUGGUGUUGAACAGCGACUCUGAGAACGAGAUCUUCAGUGACUCUGUAGAUUCAGUGGAGCAACUCAGUAACCUUAAAGUACCACUUGUCAAGUUUAAUGGGUUUCACAACCGCCGUGAGGUCUUGGAGCCAUACCUUCGUGAAAGCUCGUUGAAGAGCAGACAGGUGGGGGCAGGUCAUGGUGGAGAGGGGAGGAAGGAUGCAAAGGGUGGGGAUCCAAACAGACGUCGAGCCACUGGACAGGAAGGUUCCAACCACAGUAGGAGAGAAGGUGGUGUUCCGCUGAGCAGAAGAAGGCGUGGUGCCACAGGUGGCGCUAGCGGGGAUGAGCGAGCCGGAGGAGACGGUUCUGAUGAUGCGCCAGAGAGGGGACACGAGGCCCAGCUUCAGCAGCAAAUCAUUCUGGCUCUGAGGAAGCUCAGGGAUGACAUGAGGAGUGUGAUGGAACGGUUGGAGGUGGUGGAGAGGCUCACAGCCACACAUGCUUCUGGCCCAGAGUGGAGACCCUGUCUGCGAUGUGUCGCUGUAGCCUCUCAACAUCACGAGGAGACAUGGUGGCCGUUUGAUCUGUCCUGUCGGACACUUCUUCUCUUCCUCCUGUGGCCGUUUGCUGCUCAAGGUGUGGUUCAUCUACUCCGAAAGAUCCAAAGGAGAAGUCUCUUGUCUUCAUGAGACCAUGAGGAAGAUGUCAUUUCUGCAUGAUGAGGACUGAUUCUAAAAUGUUCUGGUAGGGUUUUCACUGAGAAGAAGGUGUCAUGUUGAUGGAGAUGGAAUGGGAUACUAAAGACUUCAUGAUGCUGCAGUGUAGUCACUCCUCUUCAUCCUCUCAUGGCUCUUUGAUGGGGGCUGAGCUUGUUUUGGAGGUAUGCGUCAAGCUCCGGCAGACAGUUUGGAGGGGGAGGAGCGAGACGGCGUGGUUUAUGCAGGUGCUGUGAUGCUGUAUGUAGCAUAAUGAAGCCUUUAGUGUGAAGCAUACUUGGUGAUUGGUUGUCGUUAUGGUUGUGCUGAACAUGGAAACACAAGUAGCAUUUAUACAUGAUUUCUUGCAAUCUUCACUUAACUAAUUCAAUUCAAUCAGUCACUGUUUUGCUUCCUUGAGUCAACUCAUGCAAAACAUUUCAAUACAAAUUGUCAUAACAUAUUCCUUUUCUUUAUUAUAUAGUAUUAUCGUGUCAAUCAUUUUUGUUGGGGCACCAGUGGGCUCCAACUAUUGGCCUUUGGGGGGUGAAUCAGAAUCAAUUGUAUGUAUUUUUAUACAGUAUCAUAAGAUUGAUUUCAUUCAGAUUGAAGUAUCUGGGGACACCACCCUGAUACAGGAGGUAUUAGCCAAUUCAUUCAUAUUGUCUCAUUUAUUUGAUCUCACAUUCAAUAGUAAAUUUUAUAGGAAGCCAGUGUAGUGGCACAAGUACAGGAGAAAUAUGAUAUCUUCUCUGGGUUCUGCUUAGAACUCGUGUGGCAGCAUUUUGCAAGUGAAAAAAUGCUACAUCACAUGGCACUCUGCUUUUUAGCUCAUAAUUAUGACUUAGCAUUGGAAUAUUGUUUUCUUUCAGUGGCGAAAAGGGGCUUUUGUAGAAUUGAAAGAUAAAUCGUGAUGACCAAUGGCGUUUCUGGCUUGUAUGACGCCACACACCUUGUUAUUCUUCACAAAGACAAGUCUCUUCUUAUUAACAGUACCACAAAAGGUACAAAAUAUAAGUAGUAGAAAUAAGCAUAAAUAAAACGGCAGAGUGAGAGACAGAGGUCAUUCUGAGACUGAGGCUCCAAAGUCAUUUCUGUGAUGGCCGGUGUGACUGCGGAGGCAGAAGGUGCUCCUUAAUUUGCAUUGAAAGUUUCACCCGUUAGCACGUUUUGGAUGCUCUGGAUCAGCAUAUGCGUCAGCGGAAAUUGUGGAAUUGGCCAAUAAAAACAGAAUCUGUUAAAUGUGAAUGAAUUUUGCGUGUUUUUUUGCGUGGGGAAGUAUUUCCCCGGCGGACCACAUGAUCAAUCGUGGCGCAAUCUCCUCACAAACACCAACAUGCCCCCUCGGCGACCUAAAACACAGGCGAAAAAAGCGGCAGAACACAUCUCAUACGGAGCGUGACUGGAUGCUAGCGGGGUUAGCUAGUGUGUGCGACAGAGUUGUGUUUUACUGCUUGUUAAUGUAUGCGAGCGUUUUAAAAUGUCUGCCGACAUAACAUUGUCAUAGGAGGAAAAAAUGUCAUUUUCAUACCAUAGAGUUGAAAUAUUAAAGAAAAAAAAUAUUUAACAAAAAAGUUGUAAUGUGGAGAAACAAAGAUGCCAUUUUGGACAAUUUGGUCAUAUUAUGGGAAUCACAAAGCUGAGAUGCAGUUUUUCUUGAAAUAUAUACAAGUUUUACAAAACAUCAAAGUGGCAUCCUUUCAUUUUUCACUGUGGCCGUCGUUGGAGGAACCUGGCACCUUUCACUCAAGAGACUCUCAACACACUUCUGGCCUUGAAAAUAAGAGCGCUGUGUGCUAUAUAACAAAAUAAGGGUGUCAUUAAAAAUAACUUGCAUUCAUAAAGCGAUGCUGUAGCAAUGUGUGCAGAGGCGGACAUCCCAUUAGAAAGGUUUGUUUCUGAAAUACCAGGCAAAAUUGUCCAAUGAUGUAUUGCAUCAGUAAAUGUAAGGAUUUUUUGCAUUUAAUUGACAUCUUAAAAGCACACACGCCAUGCUGUAAAAUAGGCGUAAAAGUUGCGCACCAAAACAAGAGACCUAGCCCUAUGGAACAUAGAAAAAGUGCGAUCUUUGAAGUCGGAUCAUGAAAAAUGUGUGUCGAGUGUAUGAGGGGGGGAAAAAAGCAAAUUAUUCCACUCAAAAGUAAAAAAAACAAGUCAAUAUUUUAACAUUGUCAUGUUUAUUUGAAAUCCACUGUAGGUGUGUACAAGGCAAAAAAAACCAAACACAUUUGAAUGACAUUUAUUGUAAAGUAUAAGUUGGACAACAAGGACGAGGUGAUUGAGGUAAUAAUGGAAUGUUUUAGGAGAAUGUGCCCAGGAAGUACACUAUGGAUUUAUGCAGAGAGCAAUCGAGUCAAAACUACUUUUCUCUUCUCUCCCGUUUGGUAAAAGAGGCAAAACAAACCACACGGGCGUCUACUGUCCCUAUUAAGUGUGCGCUUUGUUGCAUGACAGCGCUCAGUAGAGCCAGCUGAAGGCACAGCUCGUGUAUGUGCUCAGUUCUUCUUCUUUGAACCACAGGGAAAUCUCCUUUUUACCACUCUCCACUGAGUCACUGCCAUGGAUGAUGUUUCUGACAAAAACAAGACAUUAGAUUAACAAGGACAAUCAGGCUGAUAUUAUUGUGCCUCACUACCUUUACAUGCACUAAAACAUUUGCAUGAUCCAACCAGCUAUUAUCUUAAGCCGAGGUCACAACUGGUCGUACGUACGGGCUCCUACAGCCAGUCUAUUUGCAAAAAAAAAAAAAAAAAAACGCAAGAAACGCACGUGUGGGACAUGCCGAUUUUCAAGCUGUAGACCGGCCACAUAUGGUUGCUUACGUUAUUUUCAGGUUGCAAGACAAACUUACGCAUUUUGUACGUCUUGUCAAAGUCUCCUUAACAGAAGUGACCAGUUUCACCAGUGAUGUGUUCUCUUCAAAAAGUAAGUCAAAUAUGUUUUUGUCUAAAUGAAGGUUAUUUCAUGGUUGCUUUUUUCAUAUCAUGUAGCCAGUAGCAGGGGUGCCAUUUUUAUGAUCCCCUGGCAGUUAGGGAACCUGGGAAUUGUCCCGACUUUCAACCUUAUACAGGAUCCCUGGCCAAUAGCACUCUUAAAUAAAUAGAAAAAUAUAUCAUCCAUUUGAUCGGUAUAUUUCACUCAUGAUCGCCAUCAGAAUUGGCAAAACAAAACCCUGAUUGAAGCAUCCCGAGUCACCACAUGCACUAAAACAUUUGCAUGAUCCAACCAAUUAACUUUCGGCAUGCUCCGAUCAAUCGGCCACCGAUUACUAUUGGCCGAUUUCCAUCACAAAAGCUCAUCGCUGUGCGGUGACAACAUGACAAUUGAUCUCGAGAUGACAAACAUGACAUGAAUGUGCAUGUGUGAUGUGUCACGUGGGGCUGCCAACCCCCGAAUUGAGCAGAGGGACGCACUUUGUCCCGUAUUGCCACGAGAAUCAACACUAGUCUGUAAAACCUCAAUGGUUUCAGUCUGACAGCUUGACACAGGCUACACCAAUCAAUGCCAGAGUGUUUGAUCACUCCCUUGUCAAACCUAUUGCUGCUACACUUUUCUUGCAUCUUUGUUUACACGCUUUUCCCAGCUGUCACUGGCGGCAGCUAGCUAGCAAACUAGAGUUAUCCGCCUAGCUUCUGGUCUUUGGACUCCCAAGUGUGACUUUUUACCACAGUGACAUGUUGUCUUUAAAACAAACAAGCAGUGCGGUUAGUUUGGAGCUCAUUUUUGUCCCAAGGGGAAGUGCAUAUCACGUUCAUGGGGUACGUACCAACUUUUUCAAGUGUCACUGAAAAAGGUUGCUCUCUUGUCAUUAUACUAAUUAUGUUUUGUCCUCAAAACAUUAUUUGUGUGUGGUUUAAUGAACAUAAACACAUAAUGUGUCCAGCCUUAUGAUGGUGAUCCUAUCACAGAGAUCUCCUAUCUCACCAGCUCAUUUUGAGUAGCUCAUCAAAUGGUCAAAGAACAUUUGCUUCAACGAUUUCAGUUUAUUAGAACUGUUGAAUUAAUUGAAUUGCAGACCAUCAACCCCUAAGUUUAUUUUUGAAUAUUUACCCAUUUGCCAGUGGCCCUGGCCAAUAGCACUCACCAUAAAUUGAAAAAUGUACAGUUCGUCCGUGUGAUCGGUAUCAGUCGAUCUCACUCAUGAAUAAUCGGUAUCGAAAUCAGCAGCAUGAAACCCUGAUCGGAGCAUCCCUAAUUAUCUUAUGUGCCGUUUUAAUCACUACCUUUACAUGCACUAAAACAUUUGCACAAAUUGGGUUGAAAGCAGCUUUUUAAGAGCAAUGUAACACCUUCAUGAUAUCCUGUUUGACACGCGGCAACAGAGCAAUCCAGAGGUUGGUACUUACUUGCUGACAUCAAUGCAGAAGUCUCCUCUGAUGGUUCCAGGUUUAGAGUCGGCAGGGUUGGUUUCACCGAGCAUCACUCGGCCGGUCUUGACGACACCUUUGCCUUCCCACACCUGACAUUUCAAUACCAGGACAACUCAUUAAAACAUGAAAAUUUAUUACCAGGCUUUUCUCCAAUGACAAUUGGUUACCAUGGCGACCACUGGACCAGAACUCAUGUAGUUGAUGAGGGUUGGGAAGAAAGGUCGCUCUUUCAGGUCAAUGUAGUGCUGCAUAAGAAGGUCCUCAGAUGCCUGCAGCGUGAACAGGUAGAAUGAGUACGUUACUUCUCAGCAGUAGUUUUACAAGAAUAACGUGGAAAUAUGAAGAGAACGUGAUGAGGAAAAAUGAUAUUUUAGUAGCAUACAGUUGUGAUACAAAAGAAAAAAAGUCGCAAUAUUAGAAUUUCUGGAAAAUUACAUUGCAGAAAACAUAAGACAUAAAAAAGUCAGAAUUACAAGAAGAAAAUUUCCAAUAAAAAAGUUGUUGUAAAAUAAACUGCUCUAAUUUUACAAGAAUAAACAUUUAAGAAAAUGUAAUCUAAUGGGGGGGAAUAUCUUUGCUGAAAUAUCUUUUUAUAAAAAGUAUUUUUUGAAGUUGUAUUAUAAGAAACAAAACAAAGUUGUAAUUUUUAGAAAAUUAGGUUGAGAAAAAGGUUAGAAUAUUAUGGAAUUAAGUCAUAAUAUUACAAAAAGACAAUUUCUGAAAAUUGAAAUAUUUGUAAAAUAGCAAGAGUGGUAUUGAUAGUAAUGUGCUUUUUCACCGAUAUCACAAAGAUGAGAUGCAGUUUCUUAAAAUAUAUACAACUUCUUAGCACAUUUCCUAAAUAACAUGACCUUUGCAUGCUUUCAUUUUUCUCACUGUGGCCUUUGUUGGAAAAAGUUAGGACACCCCUGGUUUAAACUGGCUGGCUCUGACACAGAUUAUCCGAGUUGCUAGCGUCAAGAAUAGCCUCUGCUGUUAAUCAGCUCACGGCAGGUCUCAGUCACUAUCAGCUGUCAAGCGUGCAAAUACUUCAAUUACUUGUAAAUAAAGAGGAACUACUGACAGGUUUCAAGUCUCAGAAUAUGAACAUUUCAUUUCACAAGUACUAAGUAGUAAGUACUUACUUGAAGCAUUUUCAUGCCAACCAGUUUGAAACCUUUCCUUUCAAAUCUGGAAAUGACCUCCCCAAUGAUGCCCCUCUGCACACCAUCAGGCUUGAUGGCAAUGAAGGUGCGCUCCUGCUGCUCUGCCAUGACUCUGAAACCAAAACAACAACAUUUCACCACAACUCUUCCACAAAACAAACGCCACAGUCCCUCACAUCUCUUUGCAUUUGGCGCAACCAUCCGCGUGGCUGGCCGCAGACGGCCCGGAUCCCAUAGUGCUGACAUAGACGACAGAACGCAGGAGUGCGACCGCUCACCUUCGCUGUCCCUUAAGACUACCAGCCCUGAACACCUUUCUUUAUCCGCACUUUCCCUUUACUGCACUGUCAGUUCAAUCACCUGACCGGCUUGCUGAAUCAUCUGCAACCAAUGCACUCAUUCAUGCUUUCAAUACAACAGUUAUACCGCAGCGCUGCAAACAUGAAUCAAUUAACCGAUUAAUCCAUUUUCCAAUUAAACAUUUAAUUAAAAAAUGGAAAUAUCCUGAUUUCAACUUUUCAAAUGCAAUUUUUUUUAAAAUUUCCUUGGUCAUCCUGUGACGAUAAAAUUGCUGGACGAUAACUGUCCUCCAAGAUAAGCAUUAUUACCAUCAACAUUAUUUUGAGUGUCAAUGCAGAAGUUGGCUCAUUUGCACACAAGACUUCCAUGACUCACUUUUACCAACAUUGUUUGUGGAAUACGCCGUUUACGUUUAAUGAGGUGUAACAUUUUGUCAGAGUUUGGUUUUGGAUGCAGCAAAAUGCAUUUGGUGCACAAUCAGGUGUUAUAAUUCAGCAACCAUGGCAGCUGAAACGCAAGUUCCUCCAUUUUGUAUUAUUUCAUUUAUUUGUCACAAAAUGAUGAUCCACAAAUGGCUGAAACAGGCGGUUUCAUACACAACAGCCACGAAUAAAGUAUUCAAUUGUGUAGCACACGACACACACAGCUAGCGAGUGUGUACUUUGUUGCGCCCCGCCUCUCCCCACUGGGGCAAAGAGACUGAACAACUGACAGGAGGGUUCACUCACUCCGUUCAACACGCCCAGACAGGAGAAAACCGAACAUGUAUGCACGUCAAUAUAUCGAGUCCGGCAAAAACUAUCAAAUUUGUUUUUAUUUAUUGUGUGGUUAAUUGAUUUAUUGAUUAUCGUGACAGGCCUAGUCAUCCAUAAAAGCAGAGCUAUUAUCUUUGGAUUUUAGGCAAAACAAGAUAUUCACAGACAUCAGCUUUGACUUUCUUUGCGUCUGUCGUAUAUAAAACAUGCUCUGCUGUCAAUUUCAGCCCGUUUUCUAAUCAAUACACUAUGGAAUCUAUUGUUUUAUGUCAUGUUUCCGUGAAAGGUGAAGCGUGUUGCUGUUGUGCUAACUAACAAUGUUUUAAAGAACAGUGUUGAGUCUCGCACGGAGUUUGAAGCGGGGCCCAUCCCGUAGCUCUGUUACGUGCAAGAUAUGUCACCAUUUGGGAGCAUGUUUGUGACAAUUUAAGGCAAGUUUAAGCAUUUAUAGUGGUUAGGGGUGUCACCAGACACGAGAUGAUAUACGAGAUUGGGUCUACAAGAACGAUACAAGAUGAGAUUUUAACAUUACUUUUAAGAAAAGUACAAUGAAAAAAACAGACAGUAUAUUGCAAUCUAUUAACUUUAUUUCUACUCCAUUACACUCUUCUGCACUCUGUAUGCUAGCAGCCGUUCCAUGAAACAAACGCCCAAGGUGCUGAAACCAAUGCACAGAGUGAACCCUCUUCCUGUCUGCUUGGAAAACAGACAUGCAUGCACUUGGCAAUAUACUGAGGCCAGCAAAAUUUGAGUUUAUUUUCAUUUAUUACCACCCCAGGCCUAGUGCCCACAAGAUAUUUUUUUCUGGAGGGAAAAAAAAGUCACGAGAUCUUAUGUCACCCCCCAAUUCCGACUUUUUCCACAGUAAGUAUUUUAAUAUUUCAACCGGAUGCUAUGAAAAUGACAUUUUUCCUCACAGUAUUCCAAGUUUGUUUUUGUAAAACAGCACCUUUUUUCUAGUUAGAAUACAACUUUUUUUGGUCAUAAUAUUCUGACUUUAUUUUUGUAAACUUAAAGCCAUUUUUCCAUUUCUGCUCUUUAUUUUAUUUUUCCCAAUGAUUUCAACUUCUCGUAGUUAUGACUUUAUUCCCAUAAUAUUUUCAUUUUAUUCCCAUACUCUUACUCACUCACUCACUCCCCCCACAGAAAAAUGUUGGCAAUGCAGGGAUUCAGAGCAAAUGAGGCAAAACCAUUCAUCUGCAUUUAAUCUCUUCAGCAGAAGUGCAAAGACGUUUGCAGUAGAGUUUAAAGCAGUGGACUGGACGCUAAUGCGCCUGCUGUACUUUCUACUGUAGCAGUCUGUCACUGCAAGCUUUACCGUCAAACUGGAACAGGAUUGACGUCGGCAGUAGCCCACGCCUACAAAAAGUUUGACCGCAUCCAAACAGAGUCCGAUAUUUUUUUUUUAUAACUUCUUAUAAAACUAUUAUCAUUCUUGGUAAUGUUCUGAUUCAUGUUGUCAUUUAAAUCAGAUAAAUAAUUACGAGAGCCAACACAAAGAAGCUACGGGCCGCACUUUGAACACCCCUGAUUUAAACUCCCUAAUUGGUGAUCAGACUACCGUGCGUGUGGUACAAAACCAGUAUUUGUGAUUAACUUCAGUUAGUAUUGUUGAUCACUUUCCCAAACACACUGCAAACGGCAUUGGAAUGAGUGUAUAAAACCAAACCGAAGAGAGAGGCAGGCCUUUGCAGAAGCCCAACAUGGCCUCCUUGCGUGCGCCGGACAAAAAAUAUAGUCCCAAAUAAACCAAAACAACAUAUUGGGGUACUUUUAUCUGAGUAAUUAACUCGCCAACAACAAAAAGUACACAUGUAACAAAAGACACGCACCAACAGCUUGAAACAAAUAGCUCCUAAACGAUAUACAGCUUACAAUUACUACACUUAACAAUGAGAUAUGCACAAAAAACGGUUGCAAACAAGCCAGCGAGGUAAAAUAUUGGUUGUUUCCUUAGAAAAAAAGAAUUGCGUUACCUUACAAUGGUGUUGUGUGUAGGUUACACGUCGCAGCCGAUCCAAUGGUGGCAAAGGAAGGACUGCACUUGCGCUGCUGUGCUUUAUGUGAGGGAGCACACUGCGGAAGUGUCGAAAACGACACACCCCAAAUGAUGACUCACUUCCGGUGUCUGGGUCCCGCCCUGGAUCAGACCAACGCAUUCGUGAGAAUGGUCUCAAAUCGAUUAAUUCCGUCAGUACACUUAAAAAAAAAUGGCGAUCCCAAACCUGUUUACCCUCUUCUUCUUCUUCUUCUUUUCACAACAUUUUGCUUGUUUUAAUUGAUUUAAAAAGUCAGUAACAAUAAGACAAAGAAAUAAUAACCACUAGAAUUUUUAUUUAUUUAUUUAUUUAUUUUACAAAAACCAAAUACAAUAAACCAGGGGUGUCCAUUUGCUACCUGCAGGAAAAUAAAGACAUUUUUUUUAAACUGCAAAAAUUGAAAAAUCUGCAGUAACUUUACAAGAAUAAAGUCAAAUUUUGAAAAAAAUGAAGAAAAACGUUAUAAUCUUACAAGAAAAAGUCAUAAUUUUACAACAAUAACAUUUUAAUAUGAGAAAAAAAAUAAUGCCAUUUUAAUAGCAUAAAGUUUAAAUAUUAAAUAGAAAAGACAUUAUAUAUUUAAAAUUGGAAUAUUAUGAAACAACCAAAACAAUGAAUAACGUUGGUUGCAGAAAAAGUCAUAACGUUAUGAGAAUAAAGUCUGCAUGUAUGCAUAAAAAAAAAACAACUAAAUUACACGAGGUACAUAGUGCAUCAGUGUUUACUCUUUUUUAAAGAAAUGUUCCCAAGAAUUAUUUGAAAGAUACUUCAUUUAAUUUAUUUACCAUGCAAUCAUUGAGAUUCUUUAUGAAGACUACAUUUCAAUUUAUAGUUUCAAAAAUAAAAUUGCAUUUAUAUUUCGCAAUAAUUGGAGCUUUAUCAUGAGAGUUUUUCCUGCAUUCUAAGCUGCCUUUUUUAAAUCUCUUUUUAUAUCUCUAGAAUGCACAGAAAAGAGAAAGACGUGUGUUCGUAUCUCACAUAACAAUUGUGGAUGACUUUUUUUUUUUUAAUGCAGUUUUCCUUUAAAAUAGAAAUAAAAUGUUCAAAAAGGAGUCAGUAAUGAGAAGCUGUGCCAUUCUUGUUAAUCAGCUGAAAAAUGGUUUUGGUCCUGCUUGAUGCGAGUGUUUCCAGGAGGCUAGUGGGAAUGUUGCUCCAGGUGGUGAAGAUGGCUUCACGGAGGACAUCCACUGUCUGAAACUGAUGUCCAUUUUUGUAAACGUCCCUUGCCAUCCAUCCCCAAAUGUUCUCAGUUGGAUUUAGAUCAGGGGAGCAUGCAGGAUGUGUUAGGCUUUCGGCGAAUGCCGGAACUAGGACCCCAAGAUGCGUGAGUUGAGUGGUGUAACAGUAUUUAUUACACACAACGGAAAAAAGAUACAAAGGAAAAAGCAAGGUAAAAGUCCAACACAAAACUACCCGGAAUGCUCAUGGGGAAAAAAGGCACUAACUAAGGGAGCUACCAAAAGACACGGCAGAGAAACAAGCAAGGCGAACUCAGAAAAGCACUGCUGAAAACCAAGCAGGUGAGGCUAACUCAAAAAGGUCCUCACACUGCUGAAAGUACCUCUGCGCAGGGGUACAGACAAAACAGCAUGCAGCUGAGACAGAGCUAGGUAGUAAGCAGAUGAAAAUGCUGGAGAGAGUCGUGAAUGACGUUAUGACGAAUGACGAACUGCAGUGUUGUCUUGUUGAAAACGCCAGCCAUUACCACACAGACAAGGGUCUUCUGUUAGAGGGAUGUCCAGCUACCAUUUGACGCCCCUGCACAACCUGAAGCUCCAUUGUUCCAUUGAAGGAAAAAGCAACCCAAGCAUUUCAUUCCAAGCAUGUAAGUGUUUUUAUUGGAAUGAAAAAUAAACACCUUGAAUCCUUGUAUCCUGAAUAUGCAAAUGACCUUUGUUAAUUUUCGUGGAGGUUUCGUGGAACAUUUCAAUACUAGCCUCAGGUGCCCUGUAUAUGCAGCUAAUACAUAAAAAAAUUCUUUAAUUAAAAAGUUUCAUUUAUUAUACAUUGGUGUUAUAAACCAUGGUGUUAUCAAUUGCACUGACAUAUUUUGCUUCCAGGAGCAACUGAUGGCCUUAGAGGAAAUGAUGGGGUAGUUAAUCCCUUCAUAUAAUCUCCUGAGCGCUCAGUCCCAGUACUAUUUUUACCAGGAUUUAAAGUCAGGAUUAAAGACCCUCUCGCUGUUAUAUACAUUUGUGGACUGUGGUUUACUUACACUGAUCACUGGAAUUAAUGUCACUUUGCCAUGCCAAGGUAGAUUGAUUGUACAACGUACUGUACAUUUUCAGUGAGUUCUUGUGUCCAAGUUUUACUGUUUUUACUGUUUUACUGGCUAGCUGUUGAUUUUUGGUGAAUUCGAAUUCUGGAAGGGUAGCUUGUUGUUAAGCCCUUUAAAGUUCAAACUGGUGAAUCUAGUACAACACCCACUGGAUGUUUCUGUUCAAUUAGGUGGAGUCCUAGCAGGAAAGUAAAAGUAUGACAUAUACAGUAUACAAAAUUGAAAAUCUGUGGCCGAACUCAUAAGGACAAUCUUGACUGAUGUAAAAAACAAAAAAAGUCUUUGUGCCCAUUGAGCUCCAAUCUGACAUCCUGGAGUGGGACGUCCACAGGUGCACAAUCACCUUCCACCCUGGCUUCUACCGUACAGUUUUCCUUCUGGUCCAGAGGUUUUGGUGGCCCUUGCUCCAUCUUUGCCAGGAACAAGGUCUCUCAUCGGGCCCCGGACUGGUCUUCUUCGCCCCUUGCCCGUCCCAUCCUGCCCCUGGUCCCACAUCUCUUUGGAAUUCAUGAUUAACCAGGACCUAGAAUAAAUCAGCACCCUGCCCCUUGAUAGACCCACCUCCCUUGGAUUGAGUAUGCUCAUUACUUUCUCAUUUCCUAGGCCACUAGGUUGUCAUGUCUUUGUGCUCCAUAAGGGUUUCGACCCCCCACCCCCUGCUAUCAUCCUGGCUAAAAGUUCUGGUGGGCGGCCCCCUGGCCACUGACUCUUGCAAACUCUCCCCUAGGUUUAUUGGUCCAUUCAAGGUGGAGCAGAUGAUUAAUCCCGGCACUGUUCGCUGCAAGAUACCUUCAUCCCUCAAGGUCCACACGGUUUUCCAUAUUUCCCUUCUCAAACCUGUUUCCACGAGCCCCCCAUGCCCACUUGUGCCUCCUCCUUCUCAGCUAGUCAAUAUUAGGACCCACCUGGGUGCUUGGCCAAGGAAAGACUGGAGUUGGGUGGCCGCAGGUCAUCCAUCGGAUGAGCAGGAGAGCGCCUUGGGUGGUUGUGAAGCCGGGACAGGAAGUACAGGUGAACUGACCCUGGGCUCCCGCACAGGUCGGGACAGGAACUGGAGCCGGCUUAGGCGGCCCGACCUUGGGCUGCCACAGAGCUGGGACAGGAACUGGAGGCGACCUGACCCUGGCUGUCAUGGAGCCAGGACAGGAACUGGAGGCGGCGAGGGUGGUCUGACCUUGGACUGCCAUGGAGCAGGGAGGGGAACUGAAGGCGACCCGACAAUGGGCUGCUGUGCUAGCCAGGACAGGAGCUGGAGGCGGCUGACGUGGCCCAAACUUGGGUUCCCGUGGAGCUGGGACAGGAGCUGUCAGCAGCUGAGGCGUCCUGACCUUGGGCUGACAUGGUGCUUUGUCCUCAGCCUGACAUCGAGCAGGAGCAGGAGGCUACUUGACCUCGACCUGACAUGGAGCAGGAGUAGAAGACGACUUGACUUCGGCAUGACUUGGAGCAGGAUUAGGAGGUGACUUGACCCUGACCUGGCAUGGAGCAGGACCUGACUUCUGUUUGACAUGGUGCUUAAGCCAGAGUGAACCAACUCGGACCCGCUUUGAAUGGGAGCGGGAGCCUUAGGUGACCCGACCUGGUACUGGUAUGGUACUUGACUUGAGCAGAUGCAGAUUUCAGGGGAACCUUUGGUUGGCAGAUACCUGAGCCGUGCACUGGGCACACUGAGUCAAAUGGGCUUGCCAUCAGGACCCCACAUUAUGUUUUCCAACUCCUCUGGUUUAUACUGCCAGGUAUAACUGGUCUGACAUCGCCUGAAGGUAAAGCAUAUUCCAGUCUGUUGUUGCAGGAUAACUCGUUGGCUGCAGGUGCCAGGUGCCAGGUCUGGUCGUACUAUCACGGUUUGGACGUGUAAGUGAAGUCAAGUCAAGUCAAACUUUAUUUCUAUAGCACAUUUAACACAACCUAACAGUAAUUAAAUAAAUAUACUACAGCAACACAUAGACAGCAAAUUAUGCUAAAAACUUAAAGUAUAAAUAAAGUAAAACUCAAUUUGCUUGUUUCAUCUUUGUUAAACGCCAGUGAAAAAGACAUGGGUUUUC